ACAGCCAAUUGUGACCUUUAGGAGCUACACAUACGAACUGGCACUGCAGCAUCUAUCAAACACUCAUUCUUCAAACCGUUGACAAGAAUACACAAUAUCACCGGCAACAAUAUCGCCGAACGUUUAUCAGCAUUCAUAGAACUGAAGCGGGUGCAAUCCAGCUAUAAGAACCUUGCGACGGAAUAGAACCCGAUCCCAUUCGUCAACCACAACCAUCAUCCCGCAAUACUAUGGAAGGAUCAAAGCUAGUCUAUACGCCGUUGGACGAGAUCGACGAGAUAUACACUUCUCUUCGGCAGGGUUUCAGCUCUGGAAAACUUAAAUCCGUCGCGUACAGGAAAAUACAGAUACUCCAGGUUGCCUAUCUUUUGCAAGACAACAUCCAGCGCUUCAAAGACGCACUCGCUGCUGACCUUGGAAGGCCGUCACUGGAAAGCUCUUUCCUCGAACUAAAUGCUGUUCUUGGAGACACAAAAGUUGUCUACGACCGCGUCGACAAAUGGGCAAAACCAGAACGUCCGCCUUUCUCUCUCAACUUCGCCGCGAUGAGGCCUGUCAUACGGAAAGAGCCCAAGGGUGUCGUUCUCAUCAUCAGCCCGUUCAACUAUCCUAUUUUCUUAACUAUCGGACCCCUGGUUGGAGCAAUUGCAGCAGGCAACACAGUCGUCAUAAAGCCUUCUGAGCUAUCUCCAGCGGUCAGCGGUCUUUUCGCAGAACUCGUUCCGAAAUAUCUCGAUCCAGACGUCGCGAGAGUGGUAAACGGUGCCAUACCUGAAACCACUAAGCUGCUGGAAUAUCCGUGGGAUCAUAUUUUGUAUACUGGUAAUGGCAGAGUAGCUAAAAUCGUAUGCGCAGCUGCGGCUAAACAUCUCUCGCCUGUCACUUUGGAGCUCGGAGGCAAAUCCCCCGUCAUCAUUGACCCUGGUUGUGACCUAAAGACUGCUGCCAAACGCAUACUUUGGGGGAAAGUAGUCAACGCUGGCCAGACAUGUGUAGCUCCCGACUACAUCCUCGUACCUCGCCACUUUCAGGAUAAACUGGUUGACGCUCUGAAAGAAGUGCAUGACGAGUUCUAUCCCAAAGGAUCUUCCGUUUCGCCUGACUUCUCGCGUAUCGUCAGCACAUCCCACUUCAAUCGCAUCAAGCGCCUUCUCGAUAGCACACAGGGUACUGUUGCGAUUGGCGGGGACACAGACGAGUCGAAAAAAUUCAUCGCGCCAACAGUUGUUAAGGAUGUGCAAGAGGGUGAUGCGCUUAUGAGCGAAGAACUAUUCGGCCCUGUGUUACCCAUCGUACCGGUUGACAGUGUAGAUGAUGCGAUUGCGUAUGUGAACAGACAUGACCACCCACUCGCACUCUACGUAUUCUCUCAGGAUGCAGCGUUCAAAGCCAAAGUGUUUGAUAACACACAAAGUGGUGCAGCUAUCGCCAACGAGGUUGUUAUAUAUAUCGGAGCCGAUGGCCUCCCAUUUGGCGGAAUAGGUCCAAGCGGAUCCGGCUACCACACUGGAAAAUACUCCUUUGACCUGUUUACGCACUUCCGGUCUUCGAUGGAUUCGCCUUCGUGGGUCGAUGUUUUCUUAGGGAACCGAUUCCCACCUUACACGGCCAAGAAAGAAGGCAUCUUACGCAAAGCCCUCGUUCCCAGCUUUCCCGCGCGUCCCACAAAGGCAAGCAUAGCCGCUGUCGCUGCUUCUGCCAGCAUAUCUAGGUCAAGCCUCGUGAACGGUACGAAUGGAAGCAUAAAACGGUGGGGAAACUGGUUCCUUUUUGUGUUCGGUCUUGCCCUCGCGUCUGCGGUGCUGACGAAAGGAACGGCGGCCCCAACUUGGUUUGUUGGAUGGAUAAAAAAUUAUUUUGGGGUACGCUUUUCUAGGUGAACCAUUUGGCACGUCGCUUGCUCUUCUUGAAGAUGUAGGAUAUGGUAGCGGUUGGGAGUUUGGACUGGUGAAGAUGUUGAGGCGAUGAGUGGGUACAAUGUAUGGUGAAAUAAAAAGGGAUGCGAGAGGGAUGAUCAAGGUCGUUGAUGGCAUUCUGGCUCCAAGCUUAUUUAUUUUCCUUGUCGAGAGGAUGGUCUUCUUACGCUUGCUUUAGUGAGUUAUGCUUAGCCCGUCUAUUAGUUCUGGUGAU